GGCUGCGGCAUUGAAAAGCUAACUAGUGGAGCCGGUGGGUGCUCUGACUAUGCGGUCAAAGAUGUAAAUAUUAAGCUACGAAAUAGGUUGAAAAAUUUAGGUGAAGGCUGUGAAGGUUUGGAUUUGGAUGGAAAAUCUGGUCAGGCUUGCAGUGAAUGUUUUAGAAGGUGGAAAGAAAUAGGCGCAGCAUCAGAUAAUGGAAGAGAAUCAAUGAAGGAUGAAGCCGAUGUUUGCAGGUUUGCAGUUUUGGUAGCAUUAACAAGCAGUAGGAUAGAUGAUGAGAAAUGGGUCAACACGACCUAUGAUUGCCUCGGAGGGCAGGAUGUUUCCAUAGGUGAAGUGGUUCGAAAAUUGAUGCCUAAAACUCUGGUUCCUUUCUCUUUUCCAAUUCAUUAAAGAACCAUCAAUGUAUCGUCACACCCUUCUUGCUCAAGUCCACCUAAUCUCACUCUUUUCUUCUGCAGAUGGAGAGGAAGGCACGGCUAGCAGUGGUAUCAAGUCCAGCAUAGGUCUCUCAAUCCUAGUAGUUGGCAUAGUGGGAAUCACAGUAAUAGUUCUCGUAGCAACAUUCACCUGGUUUAGAUCGAGGACUAGAGAAAGUUUCGCAACAGGAAAUGAUUGUGCAUCCCCAAGCUCGAUGACAACUCAUUUGAAAUCAUCAAAUGAUUCACUCUCUGAGGAGUCCGCCUGUCUUAAGUUGCCAGUUAAGGAAAUUUAUUCAGCAACAAACAAUCUAUGUGCAUCAAAUUUUAUUGGCCAAGGCAUAGCUGGAAAAGUAUACAAAGGUAUUCUCUCAAAUGGUCAGCAUGUAGCAGUCAAGCACAUAAUCAAUGACGGGUAUAUGGAUACAUUCGUUCGGGAAGUCACAAGCCUUUCUCAUGUCGGACAUCCAAACCUUGUAGCAUUGCUCGGCUGUUGUGAGAAUGAAGAUGAAUGCUUCCUAGUUUAUGAGCUGUGCCACAAUGGGAACCUCUCAGAGUGGCUAUUUGGUAAAAUGAAGGUCCUCUCAUGGAUGCAAAGAGUUGAGAUCGCAAUUGAUAGUGCUAGGGGUCUCUGGUUUCUCCACACUUAUCCAGAAGGCUGCAUUGUUCACCGUGAUAUCAAGCCAGCGAACAUUCUCCUCAAUGCUAACUUUGAAGCAAGACUCUCAGAUUUUGGGUUAUCUAAAGUUAUGGACGUGGAUCAGUCCCAUGUGAGCUCAGAAGUGAGAGGGACAUUCGGUUAUGUCGAUCCUGAAUACCGUAAAAACCACCAUGUAAAUGCUUCAGGUGAUGUUUACAGUUUUGGGAUAGUGCUACUGCAGCUUCUCUCAGGGAAGAGGGUCAUUAAUCUAGAUUUAACCAGACCAAUGCCUCUAUAUAAAAUGGUGAGAAACAACAUUCUAUCAACUAGAUUUCUAAAUCUUUUUGACUCGUCAGAAGACGGGUCAUCGUUACUGGGCUCUGUUUCUCCUUCCCGGAUUGUCAUAUAGUAACAACCAAUGUUGCUCUUGACCACUCAAAACCUUUGGCCUUGUUUUUCCAACCACUAAUUUACUACACACCAUUUGCAUGUCUUUGGUUCGCAGGCUAGAUCCCUCACAAGAGGUGGUGACAUAACAGAAUUUGCUGAUCCCAAGCUUAAUGGGGAGUACUCAGAGGAAGCCUUUGGGCUUAUACUGAAGCUAGCAUUGUCGUGCACAGGGCUUAAGCAGCAAAGACCAUCAAUAGAGCAAGUGGUUUCAGGACUUGAAGAGGCACUCGAAAUCUCAAAGCAAGUCAAGU